AUGGCCAAUAAGGCACAUGGACACUUGAAAGUUCAAAUGAGCAGGACUCACCAGUACGGUGCUCACGACGGGCCAACGGCUCAUGUUCUAGCCUCAACUAGGGGAUACUCUUCUUCCUACAACAAACGAUCCCGACAGCCACUCCUUCCGAAAGAAGGGAAGUUUGAAGCGAUCAUACGCCACAGGAUUGGAAAGAGCUUCCAUGAACCUGUUCAGUUCUUCUCCAAUCUUCCCACGGUGGCAGCCUCAUAUCUGACUCCCUGUAAGUCAUUGCGAACAACUGGACAGCUGACUUCUGCUAACCUUUGUGUCGUCCAUCAUCCGCUCAUCCAGCAUUACUACCUCCCACCCAUGCCCAGCCUGUGUGGGUUGAAGGAGGCCAUCGAGGCACUUGAGCGGCCGGAAACGCCUAAUCAAGUCGGAUCGGCCAUCAUCAAGGCCGUCAAUGUCAAGGUCAACAGCGCCGCCGAUGCCAACAGGGCCACCAAUGUCAACAGGACCUCCACGGCCAACAUUGUUGUCAAUUUCAACCAAGGAUAA